UGACGAUAACACAGUUUGCCGACGCAUUGACAACAAAUAACAUCUUUCUGUUGGAAUUGAAUAAAACGGUGGUGAAGUGAUCGAUAUUGUACCGAAGAUGGAUGACAGUGUUCGAGCCAGGAAAGUUACGGGGAUAGAAAAUGCUGCAGCGACUGAAGAUGAUGGGACACCAGUUAGGACAGAUUUAGUUAUAAGUGUGCAGCCUACACAGGGUGGUAACCGUGCACACUUACCUGUCUCCACACUCGACUGGCGUACAAAUUCCCGAGGACAGUUCAUCCCUAUCCAUGGACUGGACUUCCUAAUCGGAGUAUCCAGCCUUCUCAUCCAACAAACUGUUGAGUUAAAUGAUCUUACAUCCAGAAUCGAGUCGGAGAAUCGAUACAUAGUACGAGUACCGAAUGGGGAGGCACUCUACAUCGCCAGUGAGACCUCGAGUUCUUCUCAGAGAUGCCUGUGUGGGACCGGCCGAGCCUUCACCAUGCACCUGCAUGACAACACUAGGCAGGAAGCUGUAGUCAUGGAGAGAAGACUGGCAGCCGCCUCCUGUUGCUUCCCAUGUCGAUUGCAGGAAAUGAAAGUGAUAACUCCUCCUGGAGACUACGUGGGCCGUGUACAACAGCAAUGUACGUGGAUCGUGCCUUUCUUCCACGUCAAAGAUGCCAAUGAUCAAGUUCUGUUCGCCAUCGAGGGUCCAGCUGUUCUAAAGAAGAGUGCUCUUCUGCUUUCUGAGUUUAAGAUAAUGACGUGUGACUCUUUGCGUGAGGUCGGUCGUAUCGAGCACGGCUGGGACAGGAACCUCAACAGCUUCGUCACCACCCUGUCUAUACCCUCCUCAGCCGUGCAGCCGAAACACAAGGCGCUGCUUCUCUCAGCUGCCUUCUUAUUAGAAUACACUUACUUCGAAAGAUCGAAAUCAAGUUAUUGCAGAUGUAAUUGUUUUUAGCAUUUUAACUCGUAAGUUCUAUAAUAUUUUAAUAAGUGAUAUUGUUUUAUUAAAUA